AACGCGCUGUUUUCCCAAACUCUCCAUCCACGUUACCGCUACAUUCCCACCCCGCCCAUCAGCUGGGGAUGGACAGGUUUGGGAAUUACCUGCCGUGACCCCCCCUCACCUGCCACCGGAUGGAGGUUAACCACACCGACAUGCAGAGCGACAGUUGUGAUCCGGACAGGCCCGCCGCUCAUCCCGGGAUUUUCCCAACACGCGAGGCCGGGAAGAGCGACCUCCAGCCGGCGGAACACAGCGUGGACUUCCCGGUGUCGGUGGUUCUUCCUGCCGGCGGCACCGGAGAGAGAACCGGACUACAGACACCGAAACAGUUCUGCUCGUUUCUGGGUCGGCCGCUCAUAAGCUACACUAUCCAGGCUUUCGAGAGGGUCUCGUGGAUCCAGAGCAUCGUGGUCGUCGUAGCCAAAGAAAACAUGGAGCUGAUGACGGACAUCGUGCAGCGCUUCCAGCACAGGAAGGUUCGAGCGGUGCCAGGCGGCUCGACCCGUCACAGGUCGAUAUGUAACGGAGUCCUGGCUCUGGGGGAGGAGGAGGAGGAGGAGGUGAGGCCGGAGGUGGUCAUCAUCCACGACGCCGUGCGGCCUUUUGUGGACGAGGACUUUCUGUACUUGAUAGCCACGGCUGCCAAGGAGCACGGGGCAGCAGGAGCUAUCCGCCCUCUCGUUUCGACGGUGAUAGCCACCACAUCGGAGGACUUCCUGGAUCACUCUCUGGAGCGAGCCAAGUACCGAGCCAGCGAGAUGCCUCAGGGAUUCACAUACGAUGUCAUCUAUCAAGCCUAUCAGCGGUGCAGUGAGUCAGACUUUGAGUUUGGCACCGAGUGUCUCCAUCUGGCUCUGCAGUACUGUGGCACCAAAGCCAAGCUCAUCCAGGGGCCGCCAACACUGUGGAAGGUGACCUACAAACGGGAUUUGGCUGCUGCAGAGUCCAUCAUCAAAGACGCUCUAUCGCGGUCGGCCUGUGUUAUCACAGGUGGAUCUGCACGCGCUGCCACGCUGGCUGAUGCCCUCCAGAAGGCUGUCGGAGCUCUCGGCACGGAGCUGGAUGUCAUCCCAGAUCUGAUGGGAGAAAACGCCAGGUGUCUGUUAAAGGAGUGGAACUUCAUCCAGCUUUCUGUCAAUUGUUCUUUCCUGUCUGACGUGGAAGCGAUGCUGACGGAUUUGGAGGCAGCGAAUCGGGCUCUUCUCCACCCGCUGGUCGUCAUUUGGGUGCAUUUGAGUGAUUCAGAUGAGCUGUCCGUCAGCGGGACAGUGGCUAUCAUGGAUCUGGCCUCAGCAGCUAAGCUCCGAAAUAUUCUCCUCUACGGCAUCCAGCUUCAUCAGUCAAAGGACACAGAACGUUGGGAGAGGUCAGUAUCGAGGGUCGCUGAGAUCACGUCAGCCCUGAUCCGGGAGAGGAGCCCCGCCCUGGUGGGACAGCUUCUGCAGGCCUGAAGCAGCAGCAGCAGCAGCAGCAGCAGAAGAUCCCCUCAGAGUACCUCAUGAACUCAGCAGCAAUGAGACAGUUUUAUAUCUCUUCAUCAAUAACAGUUAAAAGGAGCACUCCCACGAUUACGUACUGCCCUCAAGUAUGGCGACUUUCAACCUCCAGAUAUCCACAACAACCUCCUCCCUGCCUGGUAAGGAGGAGGUUGUCUUUCAAACUCAAUGUCCAGCUGUUACUCCAUUGUAACGCAGGUGUUCUGCUAAAGAAGUUCAGCAAGUCUUCACUGUAAUCCAGCAUCAUGUGAAGGUGGUGGGUUGUUAUAAACAUAUUUGGUUGUUAUUUGGUGUUGGUCAUCAGAUCCCGCCGCUGUGUGACGCCCCCUCUGUGUCAGAUACUGAUGCACACGGCCCCCUCUAGCGUCUGUAGGACACAAAGCGGCCAUCGCGCUGUGUUUUUAUGUGCUUCAGUGUUUCCCCUGUUCGUCUCUCUCUGCUGUUGCCGGCAGGGCUGAGCCUCACACAGAGUCGACCGGGUGAACCGUGCGAUUGGGCUGCAUUGAUUCAAAAUCUGUCAAUGCUGCACCUUCCCGCUGCUUUACAAUGUCGUUUUGGGGAAAAUGGGGCAUGAUGAAUAAACAACACAAAAAUGCUACAUACUCGAAUGCAAAUAUUUCUUAUUAAAACUAUUUAUACCGGCAGUGAUGUGAGUAUUAAUGAAGACACCACAACACAUACAAUCAGGUGACGAUUCAACACUAUAAACACAUUGAAUAAACUACUGUAUUGUGUCAUAACCACUGCUUUUACCACUGGAUGUAGUUCUUAAUGACGACACUAAUAUGUAAUAAGGAGUUUAUAUUUUUUUACUCUAUGAAAACUGCUUAUUUAAAACAAUAAAUGGAAUAUUUGUCUUCUGCAUAUUGCACUGUACGAGUGUUUAUUUCUGGAAAUGUUCUUUUGAUUUUUAUUCAGAAAUCACAAAAUAUUCAGAUUUCAGUCUUUUCAAAAUAAACUUCCUCAGGAAGUUAGGUUUGGGCAACACGAGCAUUUGGUUAGUUUUGGGAAACGAUCGUGGUUGGCGUUAACUUCACUGACUAACAACUCACGGGACCACGGAGUGAUGAACGAGUCACGUGACUAGCUGAUCACGUGACUCACGGGACCAACGAGUCACGAUACGAACGACUAAUGUGACAAAAAUAAAUGUGACAAAAUAAGUCGACUUUCUGUUUCACCCAGGUCACCUGAUCAAAGUCCUGUGUUUGUUUGAUGUUUACAUAAACUUCAGAAUAUUCUUAACAUGGAUUUUAAAAUAGGUGUUUCUCACAGCAGAUCACCUGACCUCUCCCCUGUCUGACCCUCAUUACAUAAACACAGAG